UGUAAUUAUGUCCUAUUAAUGCCGUAUAAAGCUAGCUGGUAACGAGUUGUCGUUACACUGGGUCCAGCGGCUGCAGAGAUGAUGAGGCUGUUGUUGGUACUGUUUGGGACACUGUCCCUCACCAUGGGGAGAACGCAAUCUUCUCGCCGAUAUAUGACGAUCCCUGCCGGAAGUACUAAAUAUUACGGUAAUAUGGCGUCAACGUAUCUGCAUGGUGACGUCGAGGUGCCUAAACUCAACCAACUGAAACAUGACGUCAUAAUUGACAUAGCACUCUUCGACCAAAUUACUAUAGAAGAAAAUGCCCUUUUUGAGGUCUAUAACGAACCGGAGGGGGAGGCGUCGGUUGUGACAGGUGACAAGGUUCUGAUGUGGGUAUACAACCCGGCCACUCUACAGUUCCGUAACGUGAUGUCAGUCAUGUUUACAAACGACUCAAGUUUCCGGGUAUUCAUGAGAUUGCUGCAACAGUACGUGAACAGCUGAUAGCCCAAACAAGUGGCAAAGGAACUUUUACACGUAAUAAAACUGUUAUAAUAUUUGAA